ACUCAUACAAAAUAAAGAAUUAAUUGAAUGAAUAGUAGUUCCAAAUCCUUAAACAGUAAUCAACUAGAACUUCCAAAUCCAAACAUCGAUCUCUUCCGUUUCAAAAAAUCAUCAUCCAUGUCUUCUCAAAUUUCCUUCCCCGACAGUUCAUCCUAUUAUGACGUUCCUCCCUUGUCUCCCGCAUUUCUCGAAAUUUGGAAUGAUCACGACAACAACUCCACUUUCAACCUUCCUCCCUUCUCUCCAUUAUUCAAUUACGAUCCUCCUCCCUUGUCUCCAUUAUUCAAUCNNNACGCUCCUCCCUUGUCUUCACUCUCCAAUUACGACGUGUUCUUGAGUUUCAGAGGAGAAGACACUCGUGCAUCAUUCACUUCACAUCUCUCCGCAUCUCUUCAGAACAACGGAAUCAUUCUUUUCAAGGACGAUCACUCACUUCAAAAGGGAGAUUCCAUCUCUAAAUCACUUCUACGAGGGAUCGAACUUUCCAAAAUUUCUGUUAUUGUUUUCUCCACAAAUUACGCGGGUUCGCGAUGGUGUAUGCAAGAGUUGGUGAAAAUAAUCGAGUGUCGCAGAACUAUGGGACACAUGGUACUGCCUGUGUUCUACGGUGUAGAUCCGUCGGAAGUUCGUCAUCAGACGGGUGAUGUUGGAAAUGUUUUUCGAAAACUUUUGAAUAAUUAUGAUGAAAAUGAGUAUGAAGCGAUUGAAUGGAAAAAUGCUCUUGUUGAGGUUGGUGGCAUUGCAGGGUUUGUAGUCUUAAAUCACAGAAACGAGAGUGAGGAUAUCAAGGACAUUGUUGAAAAGGUUACACAUUUGCUUGACAAGACAGACUUGUUCGUCGCUGAUAAUCCAGUGGGAGUUGAAUCUCGAGUCCUAGAUAUAAUACAACUACUAGACACCCCACUAUCAAAUGAUGUUCUAAUACUAGGGAUGUGGGGUAUGGGAGGCAUUGGUAAAACAACCAUUGCAAAAGCCAUUUACAAUAAAGUUGGCCGCGAUUUUGAAGCUAGGAGCUUCCUUGCAAAUAUUAGGGAAGUUUGGGAGCAAGAGGCUGGACAAAUGUAUUUACAAGAACAUCUUAUAUAUGAUAUCUUCAAAGAAACCACAACCAAGAUACAAAACAUUGAAUCAGGAAAAUCUAUAUUAAAGGAAAGACUCUGCCAUAAAAGAGUACUUCUUGUACUUGACGACGUGAAUAAAUUGGACCAACUGAAAGCUUUGUGUGGAAGUCGUACAUGGUUUGGUUCAGGGAGUAGAAUAAUCAUCACAACCAGAGAUAAGCACAUAAUUAGAGGGAAUAGAGUUAACCAAGUAUACAAUAUAAAAGAAAUGGAUGAAAGAGAGUCUAUUGAGCUUUUUAGUUGGCAUGCAUUCAAGCAAGCGAGUCCUACGAAAGAUUUUGCCGAAAGUUCUAGAAAUAUAGUUAAGUAUUCUGGGGGAUUGCCACUAGCUCUAGAAGUCCUUGGGUCGUAUUUGUUUGAUAGGGAGGUAUUUGAGUGGAAGUGUGUAUUGGAGAAACUCAAAAGAAUUCCCAAUGAUGAAGUGCAUAAGAAGUUAAAAAUAAGCUACGAUGGUUUAAAUGAUGAUACAGAGAAAGAAAUAUUCCUUGACAUAGCUUGUUUCUUUAUUGGGAUGGACCGGAAUGAUGUUAUUCAUAUAUUAAAUGGCUGUGGAUUUUUCGCAGAAAUUGGAAUAAGUAUCCUUGUUGAGCGAAGUCUUGUAACUGUUGAUGAUAAGAACAAGCUCGGAAUGCAUGAUUUGCUACGAGAUAUGGGAAGAGAAAUCAUUCGUGAGAAAUCACCAAAGGAACUUGAGAAGCGUUGCAGGUUGUGGUUUAAUGAGGAUGUCUUGGAUGUAUUGUCAGAACAAACUGGAACACAAGCUGUUGAGGGAGUGGUUUUGAAGUUGACACCUAAUGCCAAAUGUUUUAGUACCAAAGCAUUUGAGAACAUGAAGAAACUCAGGUUGCUUCAACUUGCUGGUGUACAACUUGAUGGAGAUUUUAAAUAUCUUUCAAGAAAUUUGAGAUGGCUGUGUUGGAAUGGAUUUCCUUUAACAUGCAUACCUACAAAAUUUGAUCAAGGAAAAUUAGUUUCCAUUGAGUUAGAAAACAGCAAUAUCAAACUUGUGUGGAAAGAGAUGCAGAUGAUGGAGAAUUUGAAAAUUCUGAAUCUUAGUCAUUCUCGUUAUCUGACAAAGACCCCCGACUUUUCAAACUUGCCCAAUCUUGAAAAGCUAGUACUCAAAGAUUGUCCAAGGCUGUCUGAGAUUUCCCAUACGAUUGGACAUCUCCAUAAAAUUCUCAUGAUAAAUUUGAAAGAUUGUAUUAGUCUUCGUAACCUUCCACGAACCAUCUAUACGUUGAAGUCUCUGAAAACUCUUAUUCUUUCUGGGUGUUUAAUAGUUGACGAGUUGGAAGAGGACUUGGAACAAAUGGAAUCCUUAACCAUUUUGCUCGCAGAUAACACUGCAAUAACAAAAGUGCCCUUUUCAUUAUUAAGGUCAAAAACCAUUGGGUAUAUUUCUCUGUGUGGCUAUAAUGGAUACUCACGUGAAGUAUUUCCUUCUAUCAUUCGGUCUUGGAUUUCACCAACAAAUAAUCUCUCAUCCUUAGUUCAAACACCUGCUGGCAUGUCAUCUCUUGUUUCUUUAGAUGCAUCAAAAAGUAGUUCCCACAGUCUAUCAUCUAUUUCUGAUGUCCUUACAAAGGUUCAAAGCCUUUUGGUAGAGUGCGGCUCAGAACUUCAACUUUCACGAGAUGCAAUUUUAGAUGCUUUAAGUGCAACAAAUUCUAAGGAGUUGGAAUCAAUUGCAACUACAUCACAAGAAUCAGCUGUGAAAACUUCUACAUUAAUUGAAUGUUGUGGUCAAGUGCACAUUUCAGCAACUAAAAAAUCCCAGAAGUCUCUUCUAAUACAAAUGGGAACGAAUUGCAAAGCCGCCGAUAUUUUGAAAGAAAGCAUCUUACAGAAUAUGAAUGUCAAUGCGGGUGGUGGUUGCUUACUCCCUGGCGAUAGUUAUCCAGAUUGGUUAACCUUCAAUUCCGAAGGUUCUUCUGUAACUUUUAUAGUUCCUCAAGUGAAAGGGCGUAACUUGAAAACAAUGUUGUGCCUUGUCAAAUCUUCAAGCCCAGAUAACAUAACAUGCGAUGGCCUCAAAAAUGUGUUGGUGAUAAAUCACACCAAGACCACCAUUCAGCUCUAUAAGAGAGAGGCAUUAGCCUCCUUUGAAAAUGAGGAGUGGCAGAGAGUGGUAUCAAAUAUGGAACCUGAUGACAAAGUGGAGAUUGUUGCUGUUUUUUGGAGCAGUUUCAUUGUGAUGAAGACAACAGUUUAUCUCAUAUAUGAUGAACCAAUCAGUGAAAUAUUGAAGCAAUUUCAUGCACCUGAUAAGAAUGUUCUUGUUGGUAGUGGUGAUGAAAAUGUAUGCGCUGCAAAGAGGAUCUCUCCUCAUGUAGAGCCCGCAGAAGGUUUUAAACAAAACCAGAAAAGAAGAAAAUUUGACUGAAGAUGAAAGACGUGAAUGGAUUGCUGGGUAACAUUUAUUUGAUUUAAUUUUCCAAUUCGGUCCUCCAAUUGUUCUGCACUGUCAGGUUAAUCCCCUGAAAUAAGAGUGUUUCAAAGGAUAACUUUCUGGACUAAAAUGACAUACAAUCUAUCAUUUAAAAGAGAGCAUGUCUGAAUUUUCUUUAUUUCUACAAUUUUGAAGAUCAUUUUGUGGUGUUAUGCAUUUAAUUCUCAUGGUUCAUGUAAAACUUGUAUUGGUGCUGCUAGUUGUGACUGAUUGAUGAAUUAGAGUUUCCAACAGUGAAUUGCUGGUUUCAUGUGUAGAUUGGUGGCUACUAUUGCUUUUAUUGCUGAAGCGUGGUGUGCCUGGGAAAGUCAAGUUGGAUCUUGGUUUCACUGAAGUCCAACUUUUGAUCAAGAAAAGUAGUAGUAUACUUAAACAGAAUUUGCAGGUGGAAAUCAGCUAUGUUUUAAGUGAAAAAUGCAGACAAUCUUGGGAAAUUUCAGGGUACUGCACCUUUCUUGGAGGAAAUAUUGUGACUUGGAAAGGUAAAAAAGCAAAAUGUAGUAGCACAAUCUAGUGAUUAAGCUGAAUUUCGAGCCAUGGCACAAAGCAUUGGUGAAUUACUUUGACUCAAUUAUUUUAGAAAACUUGAAAGUCAAAUGGAAAGGACCUAUGAAGCUCUACUCUGAUAACAAGCCAGCUAUUGUAACCCAGUUCAACAUAAUCGAACCAAGCAUAUAGAGGUUGAUAGACACUUCAUUACGGAGAAGCUAGAUAGUGGGCUGAUUUGCACCUCACAUGUGUCCUCACAAUGGCAACUUGCGGAUAUUCUCACCAAAGGAUUGAGUAGCUCAAAUUUUGAACGAAUUGUAUCUAAAUUGGGGAUGGAGAAUACCUAUUCAUUGAGGGAGAGUGUUGGAAAUAACAAGAUUCAUUUAUGUAUCCCAUUGAAAAUAGGAGCACUUUAAGUCUUAGGUUCAUUUAUGUUUAGAUUCAUGUAUUUAAGGAGUUGAACUUGUAUUUAUGUCAACUUGUAAUCAUAAUAUGUAAUUAAUUAUAGUUUAUAUAAAUAUCAAAGUUGCCGAGUGCUUUGAACACUAGCACAUU